AUGGCAUGCACAUCAAACAAGUCGUCGCCGCCGCAGCGCCACCCGGUGAUAAUAUACACACAUUCUCCAAAAAUUAUCCAUACUCAUCCUAAAGACUUUAUGGCAUUGGUGCAAAAGCUCACAGGGCUUUCGCGUUCAGAGGAAGAAAACAGUGAAAAUAAUAAAGUUAAUAAUGUGACAUCGUGUCAACAAGAAGCAAAACAUGAGUUGGCGGCUGCGGCGGCGAAUACGGUGGUCGGAAGCGAGGACAACGAGACAUCCUCCGUGAUCACAGAGGAUAACAAUUGCUGUAGUAGCAUUGGGGAAAAUAAUCAAGUAAACUCGUGCUUUGUGCCGCCGAUUAUGGAGCCUCCGCCGCCGGUGAACCCUUACUUGGCGAACUUGCCGAUGUUCACGAUGGCGCCGAGCACCGCGAAGUUCCAUCAUCAUCAUCAGUCAUUUCUUAAUUAUUCAGAUUCUUUGUUCUUCUCUGAUCAUAAUAAUAACAAUAACAUGAGAACCUUAGAUUCUUUGGAAGCGGUGAAUGAGUUUCGUGAGUAUUGA